AUGCCGCCCUCGUCGUCCAUAGCGGCGCGACUGCCGCAAGCCGACGCAGCACAUGCCAGCUCGCACCAGCCACCCGCACCAGCGUCCGCUCACAACAACGACUCCCGCCUUGGCGGCGCCGGCGGCGGCGGCAGCUUCAAGCCCUCCAGACCCUCGUACCAGCAAGGCACCGCAGCCAGCGCAGCACGCAUGGCCUCCGCAUCUCACCUCUCACGCCCACCACCGGGCGCACUCACCCCUUCGUCGUCCAUCAACCUCUUCAACCCUGCCUCGGCCACCGCAGGCACCACAAUCACCGCAUCGUCGCUCCAAGCCAGCAUGAGCCGCCUCGCCCUCGACCCUACCCGCGCAGCCGGCCAUUCGACAAAGCUGGCCAUGGGCAACAUCCAGGUGCAGCCCCUAGACAAGCGCCAGAGCCAGGCCGCCCACUCGGCCAUCCCAAAGACUAGACCUCCCAGCAUCGCGCACCCCCGCCCCAUGCCCAACGCCGCUUCCUCUUCUUCCUCAUCCUCAAAGACUGCCAGGCCCACGACCCAGCAGCCGAACCAGCCGCCAGCAGCAGCAGGAGCAGCAGGAGCAGCAGUAUCAGCACAAGCAUCAGCACCAACACCAGGAUCAGCACCGGCAUCUUCCUCGUCCCCCUCAACGGCGGCUGCCUCUUCGACCGCACCCCCGAGCGCAGGCGGCGCAAAGCCCGCAGCCGUCGUCAACCUCGGUCGCUACGAUGGCGGCUUCGAGCGCGACGAGGCCCGCGGAAGGAGGGGCACCGCCCUCCUCGCCCAAGCGGCCACCAACCCGCAGGCAAAGCACGAGGUCAAGGAGAAGCUCGAGACGCUCGCAGUCAGCAGCGCAGAAACAGGCCGCGAGCACCCCCCGACGCGGCAAUGGCGCCUCUCGGACUUUGACAUGGGCAGACCCCUCGGCAAGGGCAAGUUUGGCCGCGUCUACAUGGUGCGCACGCGGAGCGGGCCGGGCAAGGGCUACAUCCUCGCCCUCAAGUGCCUGUACAAGCAGGAGCUCAUCGAGAACAAGGUGGAAAAGCAGCUCAGGCGCGAGAUUGAGAUUCAGAUGAACCUUCGCCACCCGAACAUUCUCCGGCUCUAUGGCUACUUUCACGACGAGGGGCGCGUGUUUCUCAUGCUCGAGUUUGCCGGCAGAGGCGAGCUGUACAAGAUCAUGAGCAAGAUCCCAGACUCGAGGUUCGACGAGUGCACCGCUGCCAAGUACAUUGCCCAGAUGGCAGACGCGCUCUCGUACCUGCACAGCAAGCACAUCAUCCACCGCGACAUCAAGCCCGAGAAUAUCCUCGUCGGCAUCAAGGGAGAGUUGAAGAUUGGCGAUUUCGGCUGGAGCGUGCACGCGCCGAGCAACAGGAGACAGACGCUGUGCGGCACCCUCGACUAUCUGCCCCCAGAGAUGGUGGCCGGCGACCAGCACGGCGAGGCCGUCGACCUGUGGGCCCUCGGCGUCCUGCUCUACGAGUUCCUCGAGGGCGUACCGCCAUUCGAGACGCCCGGUGGCAACCUCAACACCUACCGGCGCAUCUCGGCAGUCGACUUUGAAAUGCCCUCGCACUUUUCCAGGGAAGCCGCCAACCUCGUCUCUGCCCUCCUCAAAAAGAGGCCCGAGGACCGCCUGCCACUCAAAAAGGUGCUAACCCACCCCUGGAUCAAGCGGUACGACCCCGAUGCCUCGAGGAGAGCGAGCCGCAGUCGAUAG